AUGGGAUUGGCGCCUAAAAAUGUUGUGGCUCUCCUCUUGGCCGAGUUCGGAACCGGGAACUCCGAAGACGCGACUUACGAGGAGACUCGGAUGGCAACCCGACUGAAGAUUCUGCUGUCUCAAGCGGCGGAAGACGCGAAUAUUGAGGUUCAAACGGACGAUGAGAUUAUGGACAACAAUAGCAGUGGGGACGAGAAUGACGAUGACAGCGACUUCGAAUUGGACGUUGAAGGCCAUCAAGAACGUGAUGAAAGAGGAACUGGAGAGAUAUGGAUGGGACGAAAAUUCGUGUCGCUAGAUCAAAUACGAGCAGUCAAACGAUAUUGGCUAUCGUCGAAUCGAUCGGUUGGCGCUGUCAGGAAACGGUGCAGGUUCAUUCGAAGCGACUACUACUGGAGAAAGAUGACGGACCUGUGGAAGAAAGGUAAGGCUACAGUUUGUUGAUGAUUUUUUUUGUAGAUGAAGUUGUCGCAGAUCGGCGUGUUCGCAUAAAGAAGCUGGCUUCUGAUCUUUUUGAGUGGGCGAAGGAGAGAUUGUCGACUGGGACUUCCGAUCCGAUUACCAUUCCAAGUCAUGCCAUUUUUAACAGUCUGGAGAAAAGUCGACUAAAUUUGUUUGUUUUUGUCUCAAGAAAAGGCACAAAUCUACAUAAAAUUGGAAAAACACAAAAAAAAAUUUUUUUACGCAUACUGUAGUGUACACAGUAGUCUUACCCUUUACAUUGCAGGUGAAAGGAAUCGAACCCAGCCCCCCGACCCAAAAGAAGAUUCGUUAGACGAGCGCUCUUUCCACUCGGCCAACUGGGCAGCUGUUUGGGUUUGCUUUCGGAGAGAGGACUUUUUCGGCGCUCUCUUCUUGCGAAACUUUAUAGUCGAUUUUCUCGGCCGCGGGGGCCCAGACGCAAAAAUGCCUUUAUAUUCGAUAUAGUAGAGUAUGUGACUAUAAAACCACACAGGUCUCAUGUCAUAGUUCAUUUGCGAUCUGAACGACUUCCCUUGUGAGUUCUUUCACUUAGAGAGGGAGGUAUUUUGCCACAUUUUUGAUGCUUCCCGGAUGUAAACUGGUACAUCUUUUGCCACUGGAUCAGGCCCCUGUACAAACAAAAACCAUUCCAGAUCAUGGUGAUUUACAAGUCCACCUGCCCGGACCUCCCACUGCCCGAGAAGAAAGUCCAUGAGUAUAUCUUUGAGUAUAUCCGAAAACACGAAGCGGAACGACCACACCAGCCAAUGUUUAUCGACUCAUUGACGGGAAUUGUCACCACCGGCACACAAAUUAUCGAGCGGACCUUGUCCUUGGCCAAUUUCUUGAGAGAAAAUGGCUUCGAAAAGGACGACUUCAUAGUGACGCCGGUCGAAAAUGGAUGGCCAUAUGUGUGUGCGAUGUUGGCGGUCAGCAUGCUGGGCGGCGGAGUGGCUGGCGCGCAUCCCAAGAACAGCGCUUGUAGGUGUUUUUCAGCCAAUUUAUUGAGCAUUUGCAGCUUUCAGAUGAAAUUUCACAUCAGGUUCGCUUAUGCAAAGCAAAAUUUGUCAUGUGUCAAGAUCACGUUCUCCCCAAGAUUUUGGAGAUCCUCGACGACUGUGCGUUGGUAAAAACAAUCAUCACGGUUGGUGAUAAAGUGGAAGCCAGCACCAAAAAAGUUCCAGUGGUUCGGAUUGAAGACAUUAUCAAGGAUGUCUUGGAAAUCGCACCAGAAGACUUCCCUCAAGUUGACGUUGAUAUCAAAAAGAGUGUGUACUUCUUGCCUCCAUCGAGGUGAGUUAAAUUGGGGAAAACUACGGAGCUUUGCGAAGUAAAUGAACGUACAGUGACGGACCUGCUCCAGUAGCAAAAAACGCACCAUUCUGCAACCGGGAAGUAACAAAAAAGCAGCAAAACACUUCCCUCCGCAACUCAAAAAAACUUCGUUUGAAGGUUUCUGUCACACAAGAGUGGGCGAACCCUUAUAAACGGAGUCAUUUUAGUUGGAGAGGGAGGUAUUUUGCUGCGUUUUUUAUACUUCCCGGAUGCACAAUGGUACGUUUUUUGCCACUGGAACAGGUCCGUCACUGUAUGUGCAGCAACCCGUCAACAAUCGCAUGUAGAAAACCAUUCUUUUCAGCGGCACAACCGGCCUCCCCAAAGGUGUCUGUCACACCCAUUACAGUAACAUGUAUGCUCAUUGGAAUUUUGUCAGGUAUGCCAAGCUCCAGUAAUUUGAUCGCGCGUUACUUCGUAGUAGAGCAAAACCGAAUUUCUAAUUUUCAGUGUAAUCGCUGAUCGUUUGUUAAACCCAAACUUCCCCAACUGGAACUGGCGCGACAACAAGGUCCUGCUGAACAUGCAGCAAGGCUUUGCGUAUGGCCAUGGAACCACUUUCGUGUCUCUCGUCACCGGUUCGGUCGGCGUUUUUGUCCGCAAACCCGGUCCGGACCACAUUUUCCACUGCAUUGACAAAUACCAGAUACGACUGUUGUAUGGGCAUCCAGCCUUAUUUCAGGCUCUGACUGUCUGCAAGCAGCAGAAUCCGGAAAAACUCUCGACUCUCGUAGCGGCGCUGACGAGUGGCGCGCCGCUGAAAGAGAAGGUCGCCAAAGAGUUUAUGAGCACGUGUAAUGUGAGCGUGCUGCAAAUGUAUGGCAUGACCGAAGGUAUGGUAGCCAUGGCCGCAAUCGACUCUCCGAUAACUUCCGUUGGAAGGCCGAUGACGAGGACAGAGUUGAGGAUUGUGGAUGCCGAAACGGGCGAGGAAUUGGGGUAGGAGUUCGUAAGAAUCGCUUGUUCAUAUCCUAGCUACAGUGAGGACCUGAUCCAGUGACAAAACACGUAGCAUUUUGCAUGGGAAGUAUCAAAAAUGUGGCAAAAUACCUCCCUUUUCAACUAAAAAAAACUCCGUUUUGAACUGCGCGCCCUUUCCAUUACAAACAGAGUGGGCGUGCUUUUGAAAUCGGAGUUCUUUCACUUGGAGAGGGAGGUAUUUUACUGUAUUUUUGAUACGUCUUGGAUGCAAAAUGGUACGUUUUUGGCCAAUGGAUCAGGCCCGCCACUGUAAGUGCGCAACUGCAAAUGCAUGCCUUUUAAAUAUUGUAGCGAAAUUGAAAAAUACAGUUGGUUUCACCUAUGAGUCUGUCGGGAAAAUAAUGUGAAGUUUUCACAAGAGACACACAACUCCAGCCACGACCAGCCGCAAUGAUGGGCGAUUCCAAGGCUUGGCGAAUCCACAUUAUCUUCCCGACAAGCCGAUAUAAAGCGCCGAUGUUAUUGCCAAGACUUUCACACUCUAACUUAUAACCAAGAGACCUUCAUAAUGUCAUCUCUCGCAAAUCUAUUUUAACAUUCUCCUUUUCAGUCCCCAGGAAGUUGGAGAGCUUCAGUUCCGCAAUCCGACCAUGUCUACUGGAUACCUCAACAACCCCGAGACCACGGCCGAGUUAUACACCACAGACGGCUUCCUAAACACGGGAGACAUCGGCUACGUCGACGAACAGCAAAAUAUUUUCAUUGUAGACCGGAAAAAAGAGAUGAUCAAGGUGCAAGGGAAAUCCGUUGCACCGGGCCAACUGGAGGACCUGCUGUAUACAAACAAGAAAAUCAGAGAGUGCUGUGUGUUCGGGGUGCCCGAUGACACGCUGGGAGAGAGUAUUUGGGUGUUCGUUGUGAAGCGGGAUGAGAGUUUAACGGAGAAAGAAGUUAUUGACACCGUAAAUCGUAAGUUUUCUAUCGGAAAAAACGCGUGAUUUUCCACCGUUUCAGCGAACAUUCUGGAUUACAAACAAAUCACGGGUGGAGUUGAGUUUGUGGACGUCAUUCCGCGAAACACAAAUGGCAAAAUGUUGCGGAGAAAGCUGAGAGAAAUCGUCAUGUCAAACAAUAAUAUUGCCGCAUGA